CACGGCUCUCCGAACCUCCGAGGGAAAGCUGCGCCAGACCUCUCGAACCGGGCCAUCUUUGGCCCCUGAACAAAUCGCUGCCUUGCGCUAAAAGGGGAGCGGAGGAGCUCAGCCGCUUGGGGAGCCGCAGAGGAUCAAGCCCACCGCCACCGUCGCCACCGCCACCACCGCCGCCACCGGCGCCACCGCCGCCACCACCACCACCACCACCGCCCAGUCGGCGCCCCGUCAUGUCCUCGUCGAGCGCCCUUCCCGCCUCGCCCCCGGCUGUGGCGUCCGCGUGGGGGCCCCCGACGUUGCCGAUUGCCGCCGCCGCCGCCCUCCUCCUGCUGGUGGGCGCCGCGUCCCGGUGGGCCCGCGGGGCCGACAGCCGCCGGGGCCUCCUCCCGCCCGGGCCCCGCGCGUGGCCGUUCGUCGGGAACCUCCUCCGGAUUGACCACCGAGCGCCCUACGACGACUUCGUGAAGCUGUCCCGGGAGUACGGGCCGGUGUUCACCGUCUACCUGGGCCGGUCGCCGUUCGUGAUCUUGGUGGGCUUCGAAGCCGUGCGGGAGGCCCUGGUGCACCAGGCCAUCGACUUCUCGUUCCGCCCGUAUGUGCCGGUCUUCGACCGCAUGGAAAUGUAUGAGGGUAUCACGAUGGCGCACGGCGACAACUUCAUUUUGAAAAAACGCUUCAGCCUUAGCGUGCUAAAGAGCUUUGGAUUUGGCAAGCAGAUGUUCCAGGACAAGAUUUUCACCGAGGCCGGCUUCCUCGUCAAGCACAUGGCUGACACAAAAGGGCAAGCCUUCAAUGUCAGCGACCUGCUGGUGUCCGCCGUCUCCAACGUCAUCUGCUCCGUCGUGUUCGGGGAGCGCUUCGAGGAUGGCGAUCCGCAAUUCCUCAAGCUCGUCCAUUGCCUCGACGACGUGGCGAGGCUCCUUGGAAGCCGAUGGAUACAGCUGUACAACUCCUUCCCGUCGGUGAUGAAGCACCUGCCAGGCACACACAACCUGCUAUUCGAGAAGAAGAGGCUGCUCAUAGAGCACAUCCAGAUGAUCAUCGACAACCACAAGACGACGUGGGUCGCCGAGCAGCCGCGCGACUACAUCGACGCGUUCAUGGACAAACAGCAGCAGGAGUCGACCAACCCGGACAGCCCCUUCCACGCCAAGUCGCUCAUCGCCUGCACGGUCAGCUUGUUCAUGGCCGGCACGGAGACCCUGUACGUGUCUCUCCGCUGGGCCCUGCUCCUCAUGAUGCACCACCCCGAUACGCAGCGGCGCGUCCAGGAGGAGAUUGACAGCGUCGUGGGCCGCCACCGGAUGCCUGCCUACGCCGACCACACUUCGCUGCCCUUCACCAACGCCGUGGUUCACGAGGUGCAGCGCUACGCCAACAUGCUGCCCUACAGCUUCCCGCACGCCACGCCGAGCGACACCACCUUCCGCGGUUACCUCAUCCCCAAGGGAACGCAGGUGAUCCCCGUGCUGGGCAGUGUGCUCAAGGACCCCACCAUGUGGGAGACGCCCGACGACUUUAACCCGGGGCACUUCCUCGAUGCCGCCGGGCGGUUUCGACAGUGCGAGGCCUUCAUGCCCUUCUCCGCAGGUCGCCGUCUGUGCCUCGGAGAGUCUCUGGCCAGGACGGAGCUCUUCGUCUUCUUCUCGUCCCUGCUGCACGCGUUCACCUUCACCCCUCCGCCCGGCUGCCCGGCUCCCGCGCCCACGAGCCGGGAGACGUUCAUCCACGUGCCGCCCCAGUACCGCGUGCGCGCCCUCGGACGCCCUCCCAUCGCCUGAGCGUGCGAGGAGUGGGGGGAGGCGUGUGGAGUGGGG